AUGCCUCGAAAAUACGUCCGAAAAACCUCCAGACAGUCGUGGUCAUUGUCCAGCUUGCAGUCCGCUAUCCGAGCAGUGGAAGAAGGUCUGGCCAAAGGUACAGCAGCUCGGAUUUACGGCAUUCCGAAAAAAACUUUGUUGCGCUAUAUCGCAAAGGGAAGUGAAGUACCGGUGGUUGCCAAGCUUGGCCGUUUCACAACAGUUCUGUCCCGUGAUCAAGAAGAAGAGAUCGUCAAUCACGCGGUUUUGAUGUCACAGUCCGCGAUUGGGAUGAACCACAAAGAUAUCCGAGAGCUGGCAUAUCAAAUCGCCGAAAAAUAUGCGGUACCUCAUGGAUGGAAAGACGGGUUAGCAGGAGUCGAUUGGCUUCGGAACUUCCUUAAACGGCAUACCGAUUUGAAAUUGAGGAAAGUGGAAAAUACAUCCCUUGCCCGCCUCACAGGUUUCAACAGGGAGAGCGUUCGAUCCUUUUUUAAUUUAUUGACAACGACAAUGGUCAAGGGACAAUAUUCACCGGAACAAGUUUGGAAUGUGGAUGAAACAGGUUUCAGUACGGUUCAAUCACGGCCCAUGAAAGUUUUUGCCAAAAAAGGCCAACGUCAGGUGGCAGCGAUAUCAUCAGCCGAGCGUGGAACUAAUACAACGGUUAUUCUGGCUAUGUCCGCAUCGGGAGAUUACGUUCCUCCAGCUUUUGUAUUUCCAAGAGCACGCCUUACUGAAGCUCUGAAAUCGGGAGCCCCGGAUAACUCGCUUUUUUUGUGCAACCCUAGCGGUUGGAGCACAAUUGAAACAUGUUCGGCUUGGUUCGAUCAUUUCUUGCGGUACGCAAAACCCACUGCUGGCCAGCCAAUUCUUCUGAUCUUGGAUGGACAUUCCAGCCAUACCAAAAACAUCCAUAUGCUUGAAAAAGCAUCCGCCAGUAACGUACGCAUACUGUCAAUACCACCCCACACCUCUCACAAGCUUCAGCCUCUAUAUGUUUCUGUAAUGGGCCCUGUAAAAGGAAAUAUGCUGAUGCAAUGUGCCAGCUCAUGA